AGCGCUCGUUGCCCGCGCCCCGCUCCGCCGGCUGCCACCGUUCCUCCGCCCACAGCCCCUGCCCCUGUCCCCGCCACACGGCCGCAGCCGCCCGCCGGGGCGGAGGCAGGGACGGGGAGCCGCUGUCGCAGCGCCGUGAGGCGGCCUCGCCCCUCGCGCAGCCCCGCCGUGCCCCUCCGGGAGGAGCCGGGGCCGCCCAUGGCUGACAGGAGCUUGCUCGGGGGCGCCGAGCCCUGCCCGCGCCGGGAGGAGGCUCCCGAGUGGGGCUACGAGGAAGGGGUGGAGUGGGGGCUGCUCUUCCCCGAGGCGAACGGCGAGUACCAGUCGCCCAUCAACCUCAACUCCAGAGAAGCCAAGUACGACCCCUCGCUCCUCGACGUGCGCCUGUCGCCCAACUACGUCGUCUGUCGCGACUGUGAGGUGAUCAACGACGGGCACUCCAUUCAGAUCGCCCUCAAGUCCAAGUCAGUGUUAAUAGGUGGGCCGUUACCUCGAGGACAUGAGUUUGAACUACACGAUGUUCGAUUUCACUGGGGGAGAGAAAACCAGCGUGGUUCUGAGCACACAGUUAAUUUUAAAGCCUUUCCCAUGGAGCUUCAUCUAAUGCACUGGAACUCCACACUGUACAGCAGCAUCGAUGAGGCAGUGGGGAAGAAGCACGGCAUAGCUAUUAUUGCGUUGUUUGUACAGAUAGGAAAAGAACAUGUAGGCCUGAAGGCUGUAACUGAAAUUCUUCAGGACAUCCAGUACAAGGGAAAGUCCAAAACUAUACCCUGUUUUAAUCCCAACUCUUUAUUGCCAGAUCCUCUACUGCGUGACUACUGGGUGUAUGAGGGCUCCCUCACCAUUCCACCCUGCAGUGAAGGUGUCACCUGGAUAUUAUUUCGCUAUCCUUUGACUGUGUCCCAAGUGCAGAUAGAGGAAUUUCGUAGACUGAGGACACAUGUUAAAGGUGCAGAACUUUUAGAGGGCUCUGAUGGGAUCCUAGGAGAUAACUUCAGACCAACUCAGCCACUUAGCGACAGAGUCAUCAGGGCUGCAUUUCAGUAGCAGAAGAGGAAAACCAACAAAAAUCAAUUUUUAUUUAGAGAGGGGGAAGACAAUGCUCCCACAGUGCCCUUGGAUGAGAAAUGGAAACUUUUGAGGCUGCUGCUUCAGUUGAACCACAAAGCCUGUAUUGUUUGUCUUCAUCUAAUUCAGCCUUGAUAGACAGCUGUGACAGUUGGUCUGUCCACACGGUCCAGUGAAAUUCUGGGAAUGGGGCAGUACAUUAAAAGAAGAAAACACAUUAAAUCUUCCAAUUCACACUGUUAACUAUUUUAAAAUGGUAAUUAUCAUUGCUUAUAUAGUUUCUUUGCCAUAGCAUUCAAUAGUGGUCUGUGAUCCAAACAGAACUAAUUUUAAGCUUGGUAUGAAUGUUAAUAUAUGUAGAAGUGCUCAUUAUUGUCUUGAAUGUUACAUUUAAUUUUGUUUUGUAGCAUUUCUUGUGCUGUCAGUAACCAUCUUUUCUGUAGAGGGGAGGUGCAUUCUGUAAAGUUAAAAAAACAUUGGUUGUUCACAGAGAGUGUUAUACAAAUUCUGAAUUAAUUUUUGGGCAGAAAUGAACACUUCUCUGCCAAACCUAUGCACUUAACAUGGUUUAUCUGAAUAAAGCUGAAUGGCAUUUGCAAUAUUAGGAACCUUAUUCGAAUAAAGAACAAAUUUAAAAUAAGGAAAAUAACCAGUGUAACAAAACAGAACCGUCUGGAUUAUUUUCUAUUUGGUGAGUCAUGGAAUUUUGCAAAGAAAUGUUCAAUUCGGGCA